ACAACAAGAAACUGAAAAUAAGGAUGAGCAUGAGCGCCAUGUCUGAUCCUCCAAUGUUGGACUAGAGCGGGCUGCAAAUCGGAUCUACCCGGGCCGGCCCCUCAGUCUGGACUGGGGAAACUAUGGCCGACGGUGCUGGCUUUCAGCAGGGCUCUCCGGCCAUAGGGGCCGCGGGCUCAGCACCGGCUGCUCCGGGGGCCGGGGGAACAGGGAGCACCGAGGGCCCCGGCGCCGCUGGAGGAUCCGCUCGUAUCGCUGUUAAGAAGGCGCAGCUCCGCUCAUCGCCGCGGCCCAAGAAACUGGAAAAACUCGGAGUUUAUUCAUCGUGCAAAGCUGAAGGAGCCUGUAAGUGUAAUGGUUGGAAAAGUCAGAAUCCUCCCCCCACUCCCCCUCGCACUGAUCAGCAGUCCAGCACUGUCAACCUCCAGGAGCCCUGCCGGAGCUGCUCGCACACCCUGGGUGACCACGUCACUCAUCUAGAAAACGUUUCUGAGGAGGAGAUGAACAGAUUGUUGGGUAUUGUUAUGGAUGUGGAAUAUCUUUACACAUGUGUUCACAAAGAAGAGGAUGCUGACACUAAGCAGGUCUACUUUUCCCUUUUCAAAUUGCUUAGAAAAUCCAUCCUGUUGAUGGGAAAGCCUAUGUUAGAAGCACAGGAGAGUCCUCCAUUUGAAAGGCCAAGUAUAGAGCAGGGAGUAAACAAUUUUGUCCAAUACAAAUUCAGCCAUCUUCCUUCUAAGGAGCAUCAGACUAUCAUGGAGCUGGCCAAGAUGUUCCUGAAUCAAAUCAACUACUGGCAGCUGGAAACCCCGUCCCAGAGACGACAGAGGGUUCCCAACGAUGACGCAGCGGGAUACAAGGCAAACUACACCAGAUGGCUAUGCUACUGCAACGUGCCUCAGUUCUGUGACAGUCUGCCCCGGUACGAGACGACGCAGAUCUUCGGCCGGACACUACUGCGCUCGGUGUUCACUGUGAUGAGGAAGCAGCUACUGGAGCAGGCGCGGCAGGAGAAAGACAAGCUGCCACCAGAAAAACGCACACUUAUUCUCACACACUUCCCCAAGUUUUUGUCAAUGCUGGAGGAGGAGGUGUACAGUCACAACUCUCCAAUCUGGAGCCAAGACUUCCUGGCAGGAGCUUCAGGAGGGCAGAUACCAGUCCACACAGUGAUUAGUGCUCCUCCAGUCACCAGACCAUUGUACUACAGCACCAGCCCCGUCUCAGUAGAUCUGUCCACCGGGGGCAGUGUGAGUCCUGCUAGAAAACCAGCAUCUGCUCUGGAGCCAAACCCAGUAUUAUUUUCCACAGUUGGUGUGAAACGCAAAGCUUCAGAGCCACUCAUUCAUGAGGAAAACAAACGACCCAAAGUGAUGGGAGACAUCCCCACGGAGCUAAUCAACGAAGUCAUGGCAACCAUCACUGACUCUGCUGCUGUUCCUGAGACCACUUUACUGUCUGCUCAUUCGGCACGAGAUGAGGCGGCCCGUCUGGAGGAGCGGCGGGGAGUGAUUGAGUUCCACGUCAUUGGGAACUCACUGAACCAAAAACCCAACAAGAGGAUCCUGAUGUGGCUGGUGGGUCUGCAGAACGUGUUCUCCCACCAGCUGCCUCGAAUGCCCAAGGAGUACAUCACUCGGCUCGUCUUUGACCCAAAGCACAAGACGCUGUCCUUAAUUAAAGAUGGCCGGGUCAUUGGUGGGAUCUGCUUCCGGAUGUUUCCCUCACAAGGUUUUACAGAAAUCGUCUUCUGUGCCGUCACAUCCAAUGAACAAGUCAAAGGAUAUGGGACCCAUUUGAUGAACCAUUUAAAAGAAUACCACAUCAAACACGAAAUCCUCAACUUCCUCACCUAUGCUGAUGAAUACGCGAUUGGCUAUUUCAAAAAACAGGGUUUCUCAAAAGACAUAAAAGUCCCUAAGACCAAAUACGUGGGCUAUAUCAAAGACUAUGAGGGCGCCACAUUAAUGGGCUGUGAGCUGAACCCCAGCAUCCCUUACACCGAGUUCUCUGUCAUAAUCAAAAAGCAAAAAGAGAUAAUCAAGAAGCUGAUUGAAAGGAAACAGGCCCAGAUCAGAAAAGUUUACCCAGGACUUUCCUGUUUUAAGGAAGGAGUACGACAGAUUCCCAUUGAAAGCAUUCCUGGCAUACGUGACACUGGAUGGAAGCCACUUGGAAAAGGGAAGGAACUGAAGGACCCGGAUCAACUGUACAGCACACUAAAGACCAUCCUCCAGCAUGUAAAGAGUCACCAAAAUGCCUGGCCUUUUAUGGAGCCUGUGAAGAAAACGGAAGCGCCGGGGUACUACCAAGUCAUACGCUUUCCCAUGGAUCUCAAAACGAUGAGCGAGCGCCUUAAAAGCAGAUACUACACUACACGCAAGUUGUUCAUGGCAGACAUGCAGCGGAUCUUCACCAACUGUCGAGAGUACAACCCCCCAGAGAGCGAGUACUACAAGUGUGCCAACUUACUGGAGAAAUUCUUCUACACUAAGAUCAAAGAGGCAGGACUCAUUGAGAAGUAGCAUGUUUUACAAUGGGACAUAAGCUUGAAAAAGUCUUAGGAGGUUGAAGGAGUUGAAUAACUGUUUAAACUGGCCACAAGAUAAGGCCUCCCAGAUGACCAGCAGACUGUAGAUGUCAAUGAAGAUGUUUCUAGUUUCAUAUCAAACUCAUUUUUACAGUAUUGGAAACACUGGUAAUAAUCAUUUGCUCAAGUAGUUCAGCCUCCAGCCCUUUAUAGAAGUCUCAGUUGACUCAGGAUACAUGUCAUGCCCAUCUAGAACUGUCUCUGUGUUCAAACACACCUGGCCUGGCUGGGACGUCCUGUUUAUGUAUGUACAAGUGGCAAAAAGA